AUGGGAAAGGCAACUGAUGUUUCUGGCAGCAAAUCUGAUCUUAUAUUCAUUGAUGAACUUCAUGAAGGAAUCGAGGGGCUGCUUACUGUGUUGGUGUGUAGGAAAUGGGAUGUGCUUAGCAUCAAUAAGAAGUACAUGAGUACAGACUACAUAAUGUCCGACAAGAAGGGAAACAUUAUUCAUUGUUAUGCAAAAAGCUUCAUUCCACAUCGCUUCCAGAAAAUUCUUGAGGAAGGCUGUUUGUAUUCAAUCAAGGCAUUUGCCGUUGUUCCCAAUCCUGAAAAAUACAGGGUUUCGAAGGACUCUGAUUACAUGAUUGACUUGCAGGGGUCGACUGUUGUGCGAAAGGCAACCGAUGAAAUUGAAAAGUUUAAUCGAUACCCUUUCCAGCUGGUUCCUUUUGAAGAACUGACCCCUACCGAUAACAAGCAUUUUGUUGAUGUUAUUGGUUAUGUGACGAUUGUUGGUUCCCCAUCUAAGAAAUCCACCGGUAAGAAGACAGUGGAGUUCAAUCUGACUAACGAGCGGGCUUAUCAGCUAAGGGUUACACUUUGGGAGGACUAUGGUGACGAGAUGGUUAAAAGGAAGAGCAAAAAUCCUGGUACUUAUAUCAUCCUGUUGACAGGAAUGAUUGCAAAGGAGUAUUUAGGCAAUCUCUGUCUCUCAAACUCAUCUGCAACAAUGCUGAUUGAUGAUGCUGAAAUUCCUACAAUCAAGACCUUUAAAGAUGCAAUAAGUGUUGUUGAUGUUAUUGAUACGGGGCUGCCAGUGCUGCAAGUUCGUCCCACUCUUGACACCCUAAAGCAACUUUUGGAAUGGGGCAGAGAGAAACGCAAACGCAAGAUUGCUGCGUUCCGAAACAAGGUCAUGAUUACCAAUAUCCGGACAAAGAAUAGUUGGUUCAACUACACAUGCACCCUGGGUAAAUGCAGAAAGGGUGUCACCCCUAAUCAAAAGGGAUCAUUCUGGUGUGAGUCAUGCAGUACGGAGGUCAGCUACCCCCGUCCAAGGUAUAGAAUCCAGCACGAUGUUACCGAUGGUACUGCUGAUAUCGUCGUAGUGCUAUUUGAUGAAACAGCCGAGAAGUUAGUAGGCUGCCCGACCCAAUCCCUAUUAGCUGAUGCUGAACAGGAUGAAUCUGGUGAUAGCUAUGUGAUGCCACAUGUGUUACAACAACUUAUUGGGACUUCUCAUGUAUUUGAAAUUAAAAGCCACACAUAUUAUCAAGUUGCUGACUAUGAGAGUUUUAACUGUUCUCAAAUUGUUUCCGAUUUGCCAGAAUCAGAGGUAAAGAAGGAGGAAAAGAAACCAGAUGAAAAGAAACCAGAUUCAUUUGCUAAUCCGCUUGAAAAGAGUGAUGCUGAGGAUGCAGCUCAGGUUCUGAAUUCUAAUAAAGGGUUUCCAGAUAAUGUCGAAAGUGAUGUUUUCCGUGGGAAAAAAAAGAAUAAUUUUGAAAGGCAACUUGAAGAAGCCAACAUUGUUGGAUGUGGCAAGAAACCUGUGAAGUGA